CCAGUCCCGUUCUCCUCAUUCAUCUCUCGCAUUAGAAAUUUAUCAGAAAUUUCCCGUUGGGGAUACAAUUCAUCAGUCUUCAAUUAAGCAAUUCUUGAAAACACAAUACGAACAUGGCGUCAAGACAUAUGGUUCCCCAACAACAACAACCCAGAGGUGAAGCAAUUGUAGGUGGCAACAAGAAUAUGCAGCAGCAGCAGAAGAAAAAUGGGGCGGGGAAUCGACGUCCGCUUGGGGAUAUUGGUAAUAAUCUUGCAACUCUUAAAGCAAUCAAUGAAAAGGCAGCCAAUCAUCGCCCCAUGACAAGGAGCUUCUGUGCACAACUAUUGGCCAAUGCCCAAAACGCAGCAGCAGCCGAGAACAACAAGAAACUAGUUUGUGUGAAUGUGGACAAGAAGCCAAAAGCAGCACAACAACAACAGAAGAAAGCAGUUGUUGAAGUAAAGCAAAAGCCAGAAGAGGUGAUUGAGAUAAGUCCUGAGACAGAGAAACCGCAAGUGGUUGAGAAGAAAAAAGUGCAGCAGACUUUUACUUCAGCCCUCACUGCUAGAAGCAAGCUUGCUUGUGGUAUUACAAAGAAACCGAAGGAUGAGAUUGUUGACAUUGAUGCAGCGGAUGCCAACAAUGAGUUGGCUGGUGUUGAGUAUGUUGAGGACAUUUACAGUUUCUACAAGGAAGUUGAGAAUGAGGGAAGGCCUCACAAUUACAUGGAAUCUCAACCUGAGAUUAACGACAAGAUGAGGGCGAUUCUGAUUGAUUGGUUGAUUGAUGUGCAUCAGAAAUUUGAGCUCUCUCGCGAAACGCUUUACCUCACUAUCAACAUAAUAGACAGAUUCCUUUCUGUCAAAACUGUUCCCAGAAGAGAACUGCAGCUUGUGGGGAUCAGCGCCACUCUCGUGGCCUCCAAGUAUGAAGAAAUAUGGCCUCCUGAGGUGAACGACCUGGUUUGCAUUUCAGACAGAGCUUACAGCCAUCAGCAGGUUUUGAGCAUGGAGAAGACUAUUCUGGGGAAGUUGGAAUGGAUACUGACAGUACCAACGCAUUAUGUGUUCCUUGCUCGCUUCAUAAAGGCGUCAAUUCCUGACAAGCAAAUGGAGAACAUGGUGUAUUAUCUUGCUGAACUGGGUAUAAUGCAUUACGACGCUGUAAUGUACUGCCCGUCCAUGGUGGCAGCCUCAGCAGUGUAUGCAGCAAGAUGCAGUCUCAAGAAAAGCCCUGUUUGGACAGAGACGUUGAAGCUUCAUACGGGUUAUUCAGAGUCACAAGUGAAGAACUGUGGUGUUCUGCUGGCUUUCUUGCACUCGAAAGCUGCGGAAAAUAAGCUUCAGACUGUGUACAGGAAGUACUCGCAUCCUGAGAGAGAUUCUGUUUCCAUGAUUCCACCGUCCAAAUGUCUGCUGCCUCCGAGUUUGUCGUCGUGAAACUAGUUUAGUUAGUUGUUCUUUUUCCUCUUUUCAACAAAUGUUUCUGCUCCUGUAAAAGUUACCAAUCCCUGCAAAUUAUGCCUCUCUGAUUCUGA